UAUAGUCGUGUACGAGGAGAACCGAAACAUUUCGAUGAUAUGUUACAACUUCGUUCCAUACAUCUUCUGUCUUCCGUCUUCCGACAUCUUUCGUGUCGUUUUACAAUAGUGUGUCUUCACAUUGCUUCACUAUUUAAUCAAAAUCAAUGAAUUGUCUUCUUAAUUGAUUUUCAGUUUUGAAGCUGUACGCAGGUAGAAUAGCGGGCCAUCUUUACAAGCUACAAGCAGUAUAGCCUGCUCUAUAUCCUAUAUAGCCUGCUAUAUCGAUACUGAACCAAGAAUUAACACAAUGACCUGUUAAGUAGACAUUUUAGGAAUUUUAUCACUGCAAAAAUAAUUGUUGACGCUUCCUUUUCUAUCUGAAAGUAUCAGACCCGAACAGAGUUAAGUGAUCUGCAUGAAUAAGAACUAGCUCAGAUCCUUCUUAGAAGCGAUGAUGUAGUAUGACAACGCCGAGGACAUGCUUACUAGCGCUUACUGUAACAGGUAAAGAGAGUAAAAUCUGAAAAUUAUCUCCCUUUUAAUUUAGUGAAAAUUACUAUCACGUAGAUUAAUUGGAAUAAUAAAAGGAUAUUUUUUGUGACGGCUCGUUAAACGGUUUUCGGAGCUUGCACACGUCCUGAGUAAAAACCAUUUCAUAUAAAAUUAUACCAAGAAAUAAUCUGACUGUGCCGACAUUUUUUGCCUUUCAACGAUUACAGGUACUUUAUCAGGCCAAGGUCUCCGCUCUGCUUCAUCAGUAACGAUACCUAGAUAUCUGAUGUACUUGCAAGCGAUCAUUAUGAUCUUUGACAAUCUCCCCACAACUAUAGUAUCGCCUAAAGUAUACGCCAGUCUUUAUCUAUAAAAGCUAGGGUGAGAUUAUUGAAAAAUGGCUGAAGACACCUUAUGCCAAAGGAUAAACCUUUUUGGAACGGUUACCAGUUACCAGAUAAUCUUUUGGAUCGUUCUUUUUAAUGUCGGUUUGACUGAAACGUUUCCCUGCUGUACAGACUUCUUUUACGGAUAGUUAUAAUCCUGUCAGGCGCCCCAUACUUCGAUUGAAAAGUCUGUGUUUUAGUCUUCGGACCUUUUCUUUUUCCUGGGCGCUCGACGGGAGCUGGGAAAGUUGAAGGAUCAUUAAGAAACUUUCACUUGAAUCCCCCCGAAACUUUAGACAUUCCCAAGUCUAGGCAUGACAACAAAAUGGAAUAUCCUGUCGUAGUUUUUCAAUAUUGCCUUUAGUGACUGUUCGUAUAACGUAUUAUUAUUGUUUGCUUGCAAAACACUAUAUCCAGUAGCGUUUAAGUUCAGCUAUUGACAUCCUUUGCUAUCCGACUGGAUAGCCUUCUGAACUGCUGAAAACUCACCUGUAUGUGGCACUGUUCAGUAAUUAAACAUACAGGUAAAACUAUUCCAACAUGUCAUGGUUGUGCCAUUCGCUGCACGUAAAUAAGCAUCUUGGAGAUGCGUAAGGAGAAAAGCCGAGACGCGGCGAGGUCGCGACGGGGCAAAGAGAACUUCGAAUUUUACGAGCUGGCCAAGCUGCUGCCCCUUCCGGCGGCUAUCACUUCCCAGCUCGACAAGGCUUCGAUUAUCCGCCUCACGAUCUCGUACCUCAAGCUGCGAGACUUCUCGCAUCACGCCGACCUCCCUUGGGUCUCCUCAUUGCAUUCGCCCAGCCACACGCACCACGAUAAGCUGCACCUUCUUAAAUCGAGUCCGCUUCGACCGUCGCGGUCGGUAGCAACGGAAGUGUUCGAGCAGCACCAGGGCACGCAUAUUCUGCAAUCGCUCGACGGUUUCGCAUUCGUGCUAGCUGCUGACGGACGCUUUCUUUAUAUCUCAGAGACUGUUUCAAUUUAUCUCGGUCUAUCCCAAGUCGAGAUGACUGGCUCAACCAUUUUUGAUUAUGUACACCAGCACGACCAUGCCGAGGUCAGCGAACAGCUGGGUCUCAGCGCCGGGAACGUCGGGCAUUCGCCGCCGCCGCCGCCACCUUCAAGCACUGCCAAUUCUGACGAUGGGUCGUGCGACAGACCCGGUAACUAUAUAUAUAUAUACAUAUAUAUGUUAUAUAAGUUCAUUUCUAACGCCAUUAGUCUCUUUUCAGAGUUUUUUUCCCUGGGUCAGUUUUCGUUGUCAUCCUCAGCCUUCUUCAAGGCUUCGAAUAAUCUUGUAAUAUCAUAUAUGUAUCUCUAUGUAUACUUUUACAGCGUGGUGUAAGAAAAUGCAUUGCAAUAUAUGCACACAACGCUCCUUAAUGUUUUCUCUCUCGCCAGUUCUACCAAACUGAAAAUAAGGGCAGCGCCAACAUUAACAUUGCCGUUAUCAUCAAAUGGUCGCAACCUCUCCCGAUUAACGCUUAAAGAGUCAUCCGUAAUAUCCGUAUUCAAGUAUAUCUUUACCACUUCAGGAACAUCAGAAGGAUCAAUACUUCCAGCUACAGCUUUGCUACUACCGGGCACGAACGGUUUAGCUUUCCCCUUUUUCAUUCAUGUUGCCUAUCAGGGAACGUGGAUGAAAGAAAUGACAGCGAUGAAAGGAGUAUCUGCACAGAUUGUAUUCAUAUCGUCGUAUAUAUAGAUAUAUAUAUAUACCUGUACGUCGUGUGACACCCUUUGAAGUUUUACCCGUUUUUACUCUUGCCUUUUACUGCUACCGUCAGCAUCGUGUACUAUGUGCUGUCUCUAUUCUUGCAUGUGGAGCAGUUGCAGCCGCUCUCACUGUGCUCGACCCGACUCGCCUCGACCGCCCUCUCUCUUGAAAGGGCGGCACAAAAGCCCCGCCUCCUCCCUUAGGCCCUUUCUCAGCCUCUCCUGCCCCUGUCAGGUUCUCUCUGCCUAAACGUCCCGGCCGAAAAAGUCCCCGCCGGAGAUAGCUCCCAACUCAUCCGCCCGGCUGUUUCCCUUAUACCCCUCUUCUCGUAACAGCCGUUGCUGCCAUCGCCGCCUUCACUAACUUGAUGCCGGAUCCUGGGAGGUCCUGAGAGUCGGCGGCACGAAUGAAAGGGCUCUUUCUCCUAGGAUAGCACUAUACUCGACGAAGCACACAAUCCUCGACAAAAGAGUUGCUUUGUUUCGGUACCUUCCUUUUUUAUUGGUAGUCAGUGUUAGAUACCAUUCUCUAUCCAGUCCGCCCAGGUUAUCGCCCGGGAUAACAAGCGGAAAGAGAGACCUGAGUGCAA